CUUCCCCCAGUUGCUGAGCAGCAGCUCUGCGACUGGGUCAUCGGUCGGCAGCUCGUCGGCCAUCCUGUCAGCCGCUCUGUGAUCAUUACCAAGGCUCAGGAGGUGGCUCUCCUCGGUUGUGAUGAAAGCGUCGGAGAAGGUUGGUACAGGCGCUUUAAAGAGCGCUUUCCCGUCCUGACAGGACGAACUGCGCAGGCGCUGUCA